AUGUCGCGGUCGUAUACCAACCUGCUCGACCUCGCGGAGGGCAACUUCGCGGCGCUGGGCCCGGCCGGCGGCAGCGGGCGGCAGAGGCAGGGAUCGUUCGGGAUGAGGCGGAUGUCGCGGGUGAUGACGGUGCCGGGGACGCUGUCGGAGCUCGACGGCGAGGACGAGUCGGAGCCGGCGGCGACCAACAGCGUUGCCUCCGACGUGCCCUCGUCGGUGGCGGCGGACCGCGUCAUAGUGGUCUCGAAUCAGUUGCCCAUCGUCGCGCGUCGAAGGCCCGACGGCCGAGGAUGGUCCUUCUCAUGGGACGACGACUCGCUCCUGCUCCAGCUCCGCGACGGCAUUCCCGACGAGAUGGAAGUGCUCUUCGUCGGUUCCCUCCGAGCCGAUGUCCCCGUAGCCGAGCAGGACGAGGUGUCGCAGGCGCUGCUCGACCGAUUCCGCUGCGCGCCGGUGUUCCUACCUGACCACCUCAACGACCGGUUCUACCACGGCUUCUGCAAGCGCCAACUCUGGCCUCUGUUUCACUACAUGCUCCCCUUCUCAUCAUCCGCGUCUGCCGCCACCACCUCUUCCUCCAUCGCCACUUCGUCACCAGGCAACGGUCGCUUCGACCGCAGCGCUUGGGAGGCGUACGUGCUCGCCAACAAGUUGUUCUUCGAGAAGGUCGUGGAGGUAAUCAACCCGGAGGAGGACUACGUCUGGGUUCACGACUACCAUCUCAUGGCGCUGCCUACCUUCCUCCGCCGCUGCUUCAACCGCCUCCGCAUCGGAUUCUUCCUACACAGCCCCUUCCCCUCGUCCGAGAUCUACCGCACCCUCCCUGUUCGCGAGGAGAUAUUGAAGGCUCUGCUCAACUGUGACCUCAUUGGGUUCCACACUUUCGAUUACGCCAGGCACUUCCUCUCGUGCUGCAGUAGGAUGCUGGGAAUUGAAUACCAGUCCAAGCGUGGGUACAUUGGAUUGGAUUACUUUGGCCGCACUGUUGGGAUCAAAAUCAUGCCAGUGGGAAUUCAUAUGGGUCAAUUACAGUCAGGUCUGCGCUUGCCUGAUAGAGAAUGGCGACUUUCUGAGCUUCAACAGCAGUUCCAGGGGAAAACUGUCUUGCUUGGUGUGGAUGAUAUGGAUAUCUUUAAGGGGAUCAAUUUGAAGCUUCUUGCCUUUGAGAACAUGUUGAGGACACAUCCCAAGUGGCAAGGGCGAGCAGUGUUAGUGCAGAUUGCUAACCCAGCCCGUGGAAGGGGUAAGGAUCUGGAAGCCAUCCAGGCUGAGAUUGAGGAGAGCUGCCAGAGGAUCAAUGGAGACUUUGGCCAGUCAGGGUAUAGCCCUGUUGUUUUCAUCGAUCGUGAUGUGUCAAGUGUUGAGAAGAUUGCCUAUUAUACAAUAGCUGAAUGUGUGGUGGUGACUGCUGUGAGGGAUGGGAUGAACUUGACACCAUAUGAAUACAUUGUCUGUAGGCAGGGUGCACCAGGAUCUGAGUCCAUGUCAGAGGUGAGUGGGCCAAAGAGGAGCAUGCUGGUUUUGUCAGAGUUUAUUGGCUGCUCACCGUCACUGAGUGGUGCUAUUAGGGUUAACCCAUGGAAUAUAGAGGCAACUGCAGAGGCGAUGAAUGAGGCCAUUUCAAUGCCGGAACAGGAAAAACAGUUGAGGCAUGAGAAACAUUACCGUUAUGUCAGCAGCCAUGAUGUUGCUUUUUGGUCAAAGAGCUUCAUCCAAGACUUGCAAAGGGCUUGUAAGGAGCACUUUACGAGGACUUGUUGGGGCAUAGGGUUGGGUUUUGGUUUCAGGGUGGUGGCCUUGGAUUCUCAUUUCACAAAGCUUAACAUGGAUCUGAUUGUUAAUGCUUAUGAGAUUUCAGAGAGCAGGGCUAUAUUGCUUGAUUAUGAUGGAACUCUGGUUCCUCAAACUUCCAUCAACAAGGAACCUAGUCCAGAGGUUUUGAGCAUCAUCAAUACCCUUUGCUCAGAUAGUAGAAACAUCGUUUUUAUUGUCAGUGGGCGAGACAAAGAUACGUUGGGAAAGUGGUUCUCCUCAUGUCCAAAAUUGGGGAUUGCAGCUGAACAUGGUUACUUCUUGAGGUGGUCUAGAGAAGAAGAGUGGCAAACAUGCACUCAGGCCUUGGACUUCGGAUGGAUGCAAAUGGCGACACCAGUGAUGAAGUUGUAUACAGAAGCAACUGAUGGAUCCUACAUUGAGACCAAGGAAAGUGCCUUGGUGUGGCACCAUCAGGAUGCUGACCCAGGCUUUGGAUCCUCACAGGCAAAGGAGAUGCUUGAUCACCUGGAAAGUGUACUAGCAAAUGAACCAGUCUCUGUCAAGAGUGGCCAGUUCAUUGUUGAAGUCAAACCACAGGGAGUAAGCAAGGGAAUAGUUGCCGAGAGGAUACUUGCAUCAGUGAAGGAGAGAGGAAAGCAGGCGGAUUUCGUAUUGUGCAUCGGCGAUGAUAGGUCCGAUGAGGACAUGUUUGAAAAUAUUGCUGAUAUCGUUAAGAGGAAUGUGGUUGAUCCAAGAACAUCACUGUUUGCGUGCACUGUGGGACAAAAACCAAGCAAAGCCAAAUUCUACCUGGACGAUACAUUCGAAGUGGUCACUAUGCUGAGCGCACUUGCAGAUGCCACAGGACCUGAACUGGAGACUGAUUCGGCUGAUGAAUUGGCUGCAUCUAUCUCAUCGCUUGAUAUUGGUGACGAACAAUCAGAAUCCAGUGAUAGACCAAUUGGAGGGUCUUAG